CGAAGAAAGUCCGGAUGACGUUGUUAAUGGAAAACAAGUGAAAAGAAAGGAAGAGGAAGACCAGCCACAUGAGCUGUGAAGAAGUUAUACCAAGCAGUAGCUGUUGUCUUUCGUCUGCUUACAGCGGGCGACGUCUCCUCGUGUGUUAUUGAUGGGUGCAGUGCUGCCUUGCAUUACUUAGGCCAUAAUAUCAGGGUUGCUGUUGUGAGAGAAACAAGAGGGAGAUGAGUUCUGAGCAGAGGAAGAGUUUGUUAAUGGAACCCUCAACACCACCAUUACAAGACUUGCCAGCUACAUCACCACAACUCUGCACUUCACUCACUCCUGACUGCUCCUCCCAUCCACAUCCUACAUGUCCCAGCAGUGUCACUUCAAUGGAUGUGGAUGGCCAAGUCCCAGAGUCACUUCCCACAGCUGACCACAUGCCCAUACUUGGUCAUACACCAUCAGGUGAUGGCAUAUCAACAGAAGGCCACAUGACCCACAUACCAUCUAAUCCCAGUUCUGUAGCUACCACUGACCAGACAAAUACACCUAAACAUACUGACACAGUUCAGUAUUCCACUAGUAAUGGUCAUACUCCAGGAAUCUCUAAUUUGCCCACAUUAGGGAGCACUCCCACCUCAGACCACUUGCCCACCACUGCUUUCAAAAAUUCUACCUCAGUUGACACCUCAUCAUCAUUCAAAGACACAUUCCGAGAAAGUAGUCAUACUCCCAACCAAAUAAACAAGACUACUGAGGGGAAGGCAACUGAGAAGGUGAACCACUCUCCUGCCAGCUCUAUGCAUCUUCUGCUUGCAUAUGGCAGCUCUGAUAGUGAAGAAGAGACAAUCCCAGCUGCUUCUGUGAAUGUGACUCCCAGCCCUUUCAUCAAAAAUGCCAUGUCACAAGACUCAAAGCAACAUAGCACCAUUCCAGCAGAAGAUUCAGGAAAGUUACAUACCUCCCAGGAUGCUAGUUUACAACCCAGGGCACCCCAAGUUGGCACACAUUUGCCAAACCCAACCCUCAGCCCAUCGAAGCAGCAGAUGAUUGAAAUUGAUGUGGUAGGAGGAUAUCGUAACAUGGCUGGCUAUGAUAGUGACACAGAAGACUCGGAAGAGGACUCUGACAGCUCCUCCUCUUCCAGCUCUUCUUUCUCCUCCUCCUCCUCCUCAUCGUCAUCAUCAGUUUUAUCAUCAUCGUCCUCUUCUUCAUCCCUCAAGAAGCCUCAGAAAGUACCGCAAACUCCAAGAGAGCCACCUCAAAGAAAGAAGAAUAAGAUGCUCACCCCAGGGGAGCUCACUCUGGAGGACCUGCCACCUAUCGAAGACCUGAAGAUCACUCUCCCACCAGAGAAGACACAGCUGGUGGGCAUGGUACACAGUGUGGUGAUGCAGCAGGUGGUGGUGGAAAGCCUCCCAGGUAUCCCUGCACUGGACCUCGACUCGGUGCUGUUUGUUGGUCCAGAGAGGCACUCACUUGGCCAGGUGUUUGAUGUGUUUGGUCCUGUCACACAGCCGCUGUACGUGGUUCGUUUCAACUCGGCAGAGGAUGUGACCCACAGUGGGGCAAAGCUGGGGGAGGAGGUGUUCUAUGCACCUACCUCAGAUGAGCACACCCACUAUGUUGAGAUGGAGGAGCUGCUGAGGUGCCGUGGAAGUGAUGCCUCUGGACUGCAAGGAAAUGAACUUGCUCCUGGAGAGAUCUCAGAUUUCUCAGAUGAUGAAGAGGAAGCUCGUGCCCGUCGCCGCAAUCGUUCUCGCACCACUGGCUCCAGGAAUAAUAAUAAUACCAACAACAACAACAACAAUAAUAAUAAUAAUAAUAAUAAUAACAACAACAACAACAACAACAGCAACAACAGCAACAACAAUAAUGGAAGCACCAGCUGGGAUUCACAGCCACACAGGAAGAGGCAUCGAGGACCCAACCACAAUCCUUUCCGUCUCCACUCCUCCAACCAUCCAACCUCCAUGCCACCCCCCACCCAUUUCUUUGGUCCCCCUCCAUUCAAUGCCCAACCUCCACCUCCAACACAAUGCAUGGCCCCACCUUCCCCCCAUCCUAAUCUUCCAUCACAUGGACCAUUUCCACACCCACCCCCACCCCCAUUCCACAGUGGACUGCCACCUCCAACACAGUUCAGUAAUGAGCCUCCCCCACCACCCCAUCAUAGAGGAGAGGGAGGGUUUGGAUGUAUGCCCCCACCUCCAGCAGGACAUCCUCCACCUCCUCCUCCUCCAAGCCCUCAGUGGGGAGAAAAUGUAGUGUUUGGUGGGGAAUCUGGGUUUGGGAGGGAAUUUUUGCCACCACAUCCCUCCAUGAUGCCGCCCCCACCACCACAGCAGGGAGGAUGGGGGAUGUCUCCACAGUUUCCUUCACACAAUAUGUUUACUGUUCCUCCCCCACCCCCAUCUCACACCCACAGCAUGCCUCAUCCACCUCCUCAAGGCAUGUCAUUACCUCCACCUAACAUUCCAGGCCCUCCGCCCCCACCUUAUCCACCAUCACAGCCACACCCACACUGCUAGACCCAGAGUAUUUGUAAUCUUCACCAUACUGUGCCACUCCAUUACAGCUCUAUAUUUGGCUAUACAACUUUACUCCACUGGUAGCAGACCACGCUGCACUGCAGCUAUCCAUCAUGUUGAGGUUUACAAAUCACUGAACUCAUACAGGCAGCAUCUGACUAUUUGAAGGAUCAGAAGGAAUGGGUAAGUGUUUGUGACCAUAGCAAGUAUUGACUGACAAUGAGGGCUUCAGUUAAGAGUUGGUGGUGAAUUCCAGGCGGACAUACUAAUCACCAUUAUUCACUAAUUUAGUUGAUAGCAGGGCAAAAAUAAAAUAAAGUAGGUAUAUCCUUUGGAUAUACCAUUGACAACACUUGAUCCCAGUCAUGCACAAGUGAUCAUUUAUAAAGGAAGUGGAUGCUUAAAUACUUGUGCUGGGUGAUGGAUUAUAAAACAACCAGUUUAAAACCAAAGAAAUGAAAGUCUGUUUACAUGUAUUUAUAUUAUACAAUGUAUGUUAAUGUUUGUGAAAUUGUACAUACAGAAGUUGUUUGUAAGGAGUGAUUGAUUUAGUUUAUGUAAUAUUGUUUACUGCCUAAUGGAUUUCAUAUCAUUAAUAGGCUUCAGGUACUAGGAGCUCCUGACAAAUAAGUUUACUUAAUAGUUUUAGUGUUACAAGAUAAAACAUUUGUCUGGGAAAUACAGGAGAGAGCAAAUGGAGAGAAAGGGAAGCAGUUUGUCAAUAGGGCUAGACCUACACCUGUAUGGUACUGUCUCAGUAUUUAACCAUAUAUUCUUUACUACUUCCAUGUCUGUUGUGAAAUAUCCAACUUUUUCAUGUUGUGAUUUGUUGCAACUUGUUUAUCUAAUUAAAAAAAAAAACUUACCA